AUGCCGUACCAAGGCCCAAACGGGUACAUCCCACCUGGCCAAUAUGGCAACCAAGAUGGUCGCGGCUUCCAGACCGGGCACGCGCAGAUGUAUCAGGGAAACCGCCCCAACCAGGCUCCUCAGCACCUGCCGCAGUAUCCAACCUUUGAGCAAGCGAUGUACAACGCGAGUCAUUCGCAGACUCAACAUUCGACGCCCCAAUUCUACGGCCAAGGACAUCCACCGGCUUCCUUCUACCAGACUCCCACUGCUCAAUACCAACAGCAGCCGUAUCUGUCGCCGCCAUCGCAAACGGCUCAGAUACCACAGAUUCGGUACUCUCCCGAUCCUCUGCAACACUAUCAACCUCCACCGCGGGCUCAUGUAGGCACUUCUUCGCAAGGGCGGCCCCAACAACAACAACCGCCGCAAAGGACACCGUCGCAGCCGCAAAGACCGAUCUCUCAAGGCCAGAGCGUGCCACAUGUGCAGCAGCAAUUUAGUCAACCCAAUGUGCCUUAUGCUGGGAGUGCUCAGCGCAACGCCAACGCAACUCCUCAAAGGCAGACACCACAGAGUCAGCGGCCUCCACAAAUUCAACAGCGAGCACAGGUAGACACUAGUCGCCCAUCGCCAGCACAGGUUUCACAGAGCCCAAACUCGCAGUCUUCGAACCAUCAGAUACAGCACUCGCAGCCGCAGCCUCGGUCACAUCAAGCUACUCCACCGGGGACCAUCAACCCGAAUGCUAUGCACCGCCAAGUUGCACACGUACAGCUACCUACGCAACGAUCUUUGAAGACUCUCGAAGAAGGAUCAAUGGCGAGACCACCGAAACGAAGAAAGUCCAACGAGGGUCAUCCGGUACCAACCUGUGGACCGAGCACAGGUCCUCAGGCCAUAUCUCGACAUGUCAAGCAAGAACCACCGGCGUCCUCGCCUUUGACUGAGUUGACUUCUUCACAAAUGCCACCAACUCCGACUCCCGCAAACGUUAACUAUCAAGCGGUCUUGCUAGGCCUCUGCGACGAGUACAUCAGUGCGGCAUACAGCAUGAGCGUUGGGCUUUCUGGGGCUGAGGUCUCCGAUCAAGACUUGGACACAUACCACAGUCUUCUCGCAACAGGCAUGGCAUGUCUCAACUCAGUGUUGAGCAAUUACCAUAUCUCUGACCCACGGUUAGAAGGCCGUGUUCGUCUUCGACUUGCUAGUCUUCUGUUUGAGGAGACCGAGAACGACAUGGAUGCCGAAGAGGUCCUCACCAAAGGCAUCUCACUGUGCGAGAGGGCCCGACUUCGCGACCUGAAGUACGCUAUGCAUCAUCUCCUCGCACGGAUUUGGUUCAAAGGAGGCAAGAUCAAGGCGGCGAUGAAAGCGGUCGACAAGCUCAUCGUGGAAGUGGAGAAACAGAAGUUGGUACACUGGGCGUACACCUUUCGGUUUCUGCGAGUUACACUCGGCGUACAGACGGGAGUCACGAUUGCCGAGACAGCCGCGUUGGUCAAAAAUCUUUCCGCAAUCAUCGAGACCGCGGAACACAAUGGUCAUGUCUCUGUCCAUGUCAUGGCCAAUCUCUUACAAGCACUGAUCUACCUGCGAUCUCGAACUCCCGAGAGUGUUGACCUUGCUCAGAGAUCCGUGGCUUCUGCAAGAAUGCACCAGCUGUCACCGGAACUGAUGAAGCUGCCUCGAUUUCAGUGUCUCCUGGAUUUCGUCGAUCUCGCAUGCAGCUUGAUUCGAUUCGAUAAUGAUCAAGUCAAUGCCAAGUCAGAGAACAUGCAGAGGAAUCUGGACUCAUCUGCCAGGAACUCGUCUUGGGACAAGCAUGCUGAUUGGCAAAUCUCUUUCGGACAGCUGCCGAGUUCUUCCACCAACAUCGAAGUUGACACUGGUGGCAUGCUGAAAACGCUCGACACCGGGGAAUGCGCGUUUGCCUUUCGAUGGCUGACGAAGUCCCAGAUACAUACUCUGAGCUACUUGUUUGCCGGCCUAUCCAGUAUGAACAAGAACGCAAGUCACGAGCAAAAGGCAGAGGCCUACCUCACGGAAGGGGUUAAGCUGGGAAAGCUGCCGCUAGGGAACAGUGCGCAGUCUUUGCCGUCCGCCUCCGCACAAUGCAACACAAACAGCCUCCUGCUAAUGUCUUUGCGGCUGCACGCCGUGUUCGCCCGCUGCGGCAGAUGUGACUGGGAUACAGCGUUGAGAGGGAUUGCAAGCAUCCGAAGAGACAUUGAGGCGCUGGAGACACCGCCAAAUCAGCACACGUUCAGUCUCAUCAGCUAUCUAGAAGCUUUGUGCAAGCAUGGACUUGGGGAUCUCCAGGGCGCCCUGAAGCUCUAUCAUUCGAACGAGCUCAAGACGGGAUCCAACCUGGAUGCAAAGGCAGCUGCCGGCAGCGUCGACACCAUUCGUAUCCUUGCGGCUCUCAGCAGUAUUCUGAUCAUGCGCCACAAUGGCGAUAGACAGGCGGCCGAUCAGCUCCUCUCAGAAGUUCAGAACGCGUGCUUGACGAACCCCAACAGCAACGGAAAUGAAUAUGGCAGCAAGCCAGUUGAGUCUGCUUUCUUCAUUCUCAAAGCGACCGAGGAUCCUUACAAGUCUGCGGAGAAUAUCAUCAUAAAGACGAAGCAGUACCUGCAGUCUGCUGUUCAAUCUGCCAAAGCCGCGGUUAACAACCAGCUGUUGUGCAUAGUCAUGAAUAUAAUGACUGAUCUGUUCUUCACCAACAUUGUCGGUGAUCAAGCAGAGAAGUCAGCAAAGGCUGCCAGAUCGUUGGCCACGAAGUCUCAAGAUAAGUUGUGGACAGCGGUCGCUGACGACAUGUGUGCGAAUACUUUGGAGAGGACGGGCAGGAUCGCGGACGCCCAGAGUGUCCGACAGGAGGGACAGGAGGCUUUGCAGCGCUUGCCGGAAUCCUUGAAAACUGCUUUACUGAGGGAUGAAAUGAUGGUGGAGUAG